GAAGGGUUUCGGUCUCCGCGCCGGUCGGAGGGAUCGGGACCUCGGGCGAAGGCGGGGAGCCGCCUGGGCUUGGCGUGCGCGGCCCCGGCUGCGUCCCAGCGGCACCGCGGCCGCCGUCCCGCGAUCCCUGUGGCCCUACCUGGCUGCCCGGGCCCGGCGCCCGCGGCGGGGUCCACAGGCCUCAGACUGACUCGGAGCUGCGGAGACCUAGCCUCGCUCGGGUGGAGACGGACACCCCGACCCGGGGGACCUCCUGACCCCGACAGACACCGGCCACCCCCCUACCCCACCCCCGCCGCAAAGCCCUCCCUGACCCCGGGCUGUUUAUAGGCUACACAUUGCACUCGGGGUGCGUGUUCCCGCGUGUACACGAGGGCCCCCCGCCUCGCCCAGGCCCCACACGCAGGUGCACACCGGCUCGGGAGGGACGGCCGUGUGGACACACCGCUGGCCGCAGCGUUUCCGGACUCAGACGCACUCGAGCACUUAGCUGCCCCGGACGUACCCACACCCCAUCGCGGGCCCACCUGCGGCCUCGGACCCCCGGCCUCGUCAUGGACCCCGAGUGUUCGCAGCUCCUCCCGGCUCUCUGUGCGGCUCUGGCAGACCCCAGGCAGCCCGUGGCCGAUGACACCUGCUUGGAGAAGUUGCUGGACUGGUUUAAAACCAUCACUGAAGCAGGGUCCAGCCUGCAGCUGCUGCGGGACAGCCCCUGCCUGGUGGAGCUGCUGCUCCAGGCGCUGAAGGCCCCGUGCCUGAGUCCCCGCGUCCUCGCCUUCUCGCUCCGCCUGGCGGGCCUGCUCGCCGCCCAGGAGGACUGCUUCCGGUUCCUGCAGCAGGGGGAGUUGCUGCCCGGGCUCUUCGGGGAGGCGGGCCCCCUCGGCGGAGCGGCCUGGACGGCGCCCACCGUGCGCAGCGGCUGGGUCCAGGGCCUGCGCUCCCUGGCCCAGCACCCCAGCGCCCUGCACUUCCUGGCCGACCUCGGUGCCCUGGACACCGUGGUCGCCCUGCAGGGAGACUCCAGCCUGUUCGUGGCCUCGGCGGCCGGGCAGCUCCUGGCGCACAUCCUGGGCCUGUCUCUGCGGGGCCAGGCCGAGGGCCCCCCCGGCCCCCGGGUGUGCGACUGGCCGGCCAGUGCCCAGACGAUCGUGGGCCACAUCGAGGAGUCCCUGUGCUCCCCCGCCGCCCCGCGGGUCACGCAGGCCCUCAACGUCCUGACCACCACGUUCGGGCACUGCCACCGCCCGUGGACGCAGGUCCUCUGGGUGCGGCUGAGUCCCCUGGUGGCCUGCCUGCUCGAGAAGGACCCGGUGCCAGCCGCACACUCGCUGGUGGACCUCCUCCUCAGCGUGGCCCGGUCCCCCGCGCUGAGCUCCGACCGCAGCCUGUGGGAGACGGUGGCGCGGGCUCUGGGCCGCCUGAGGCCCGCACAUGCGGGGCCCCUGGCUCUGGGGCUGCUGACCCUGCAGGACUGUCCCCAGGCCCUGAGCACCCAGGCCUUCGCCGUCCUCCUCCAGCCCCUGGCCUGCGUCCUGAAGGCUGCCGCGCAGGCCCCCGCGCCCCCAGGCUUGCCGGCCGGGCCCGAGGGCGACCCGGCGGCGGCGGACACGCUCCUGUCCUCCCGGUCGGCCUGCGUGGCGCUCCUGUGCCAGACCCUGGCCCACCUGGAGCUGCUGCAGCCCCUGCCCCAGCGCCCUGCGCCCUGGCCCCAGGCGCCCCUGCUGGGCGCCGCGGUGACGGUCCUGCGGUUCUGCAAUGGCUCGGCGGUGCCCGCCGCCGGCUCCGACGUGGGGGGCCGCCUCUGUGCCAUCCUGGCCGGCUGCGUCCGCGUCCAGCGCGCGGCCCUCGGCUUCCUGGGGGCGCUGUCUGAGGACACAGGGCCCCCAGAGCUGGUGACGCAGGUGUUUGCCGUCCUCCUGGAUUACCUCCGGAGCCCCGACUCCAGCCCCACGGUUCUGAAGAAGGCCUUCCAGGCCACGCUGCAGUGGCUCCUGAGCGCCCCCGCGCCCCCCGGCUGCUGCGCCCUGGACCCCCCCACCCAGCUGUUCCUCAGAGAGCUUCUCCCUGUGCUGCAGAGGCGCCUGUGCAGCCCCUGCUGGGAGGUGCGGGACUCGGGCCUCGAGUUCCUGACCCAGGUGGUCGGACACUGGGCAGGACAGGCCGGCUUCCGACACGCGCUCCUGGCGUCCGAGGUGCCCGAGCUCGCGCAGCAGCUCCUGCAGGACCCUGAGAGCUACGUCCGAGCCAGCGCCGUGACCGCCGUGGGGCAGCUCUCCAGCCGAGGGCUGCACGCCACCCCCGCCGGCCCUGAGCACCCCGGGGGCCCGCAGAAGAGCCUGCUCCUGGAGCUGCUGCACGUGCUGGCCACCGACGCGGAGGGCUUCCCCCGCCGGGCCGCCAUGCAGGUCUUCACCCAGUGGCUGCGGGACGGCCACGCCGAGGCGGCCGAGGACACGGAGCGCUUCGUGGCCAGGGUGCUCCAGGCGGCGAGCCGGGACCUGGACUGGGAGGUCCGGGCCCAGGGUCUGGAGCUGGCGCGGGUGUUCCUGGAGCAGACGCUGGGCCCUCACGCCGAGGCCGCCCCGGAGGCCGCCGCCCCGGCCCGCGUGGCCCAGGCCCUGCGCGCCGCCUGCCGCGUGCAGCUCGUGGAGUUCGCCUUGCGCGCCCUGUUUGACUACGACCGGCCCGUGGCCCGGAAGUCCUGUGACCUCCUCCUCUUCCUGCGGGACCAGGCCGCCCCCGGGGACGGCGUGCAGGAGGCGGGGGGCAGCCCCGACGUGGCCCCCGUGGAGGCCGCCCUGCAGAGGUGGCGGGCAGGCGAGCAGGGCCAGCCCCUGGGGCCCCUGGAGCCCGAGGCCGUGCUGGCCGUGCUGCGGUCCAUGGACCUGGAGGGCCUCCGGGGGGCGCUGGCCGAGAGCAGUGACCACGUGGAGCGGAACCCCCAGUCGCUCCUGCAGGACAUGCUGGCCACCGUGGGCCUCCUGGGGGACAACGAGGCCGACUGCUACUGAGGGCCCGCGGCGACCUCCCUGCCCCCCCCACGACCUCCCUGCCCUGUCCCUCUGCUGCUGGGCCUUGUCCCUCCCUCAGGCCCCGGGCCCCAGCUCGGCUGGCUGCACAGGGACCCUCGGGAGCCAGGCCGGGGGAGACCAGCGGCCAGUCACGUGUUUGGAAGUGUAUUAAAGUGGCUUAUUUUCUACUAAAAAUAAACACCUGUG